AUGCCGCCUCUCACGCCCACCUCCCGGGAGAUUGUCCUCUUAGCCGUGCUUCUCGUCCUUCUCUUGACGUUCACAACGACACUUCCCCAAAAUAAGCGAACGAUAACUGAUCUAGUUCGACCAUAUGCUGCUAAGGAAGACGACUCCUCUGCAUCGCUCGGACCGGCGACCUUGGAAUCGCAAUAUACGCUGCAAUCGUUGAAUAUUCCGCUGCGCUGGGGUCUAGGUCAGGUUCCGGAGACGAAGGUGGUUGUGCACGUACCUGGAUGGACGAUCUUUGACCGACUGUACAUGCUCAAUGGGACAAUCUAUGUCGUCUCUGACCAUCCAGAGACCAUCCCUGACCGCCGACGAAUAAUCUCCACUGCUUCAUUCAUUUAUAAUGGUCCAGCUGCGGAGGCGCAGCGCAUACCAACUGACAAGGAGCUGCGCAUUGUAUCUACCAACGAAGCAAGAGAGCUCUUCGGGGAAGACGCAGAACGACUAGAUGGAGUGACGUGGUACGCAAAUGACCCGAAACAAUUCAUCACCCACUACUUCCAUUGGUCUGCUGAACUCUUCUUUGGAUUCUGGCGCACGUACUCGUCCCUUGAUCCUCGCAUUCCUCCUACGGGAGAAACAUCGCUGCCAGCACCUCGUCGCAUGAUGUUCUCCCAUCUGGACGCGGACAACUGGCGAGACUAUUCCGAGAUGAAUCAAUGGGUUCUGCGGAGCUCAUUUCCGUCCAUCUCUAUGGAGUUUAUGAACGACUGGAAGGAACGCGUCGACAUGGCACGUCCGUUCGUAUUUGACCGCGUAGUCUUCGCAGACCGUGCGGCGGCGAUGUACGGCGACAACUUCCUGCGUACCCAACGUACGGCUGCCAAUGCGUUUGCCCUCCCCGGCAGUGUGAACUGGUGGAGCACGAUUAGGAACAAUGUCGUGAGCUUUGCUGGACUCUCGCAAAGCGGAGGUGCCGAGUCCGUCCAAGGAGUAGCGAGCACGCCCGUCAUCACGUACAUUUCCCGGCAAGAUUGGGGCCGUCGAAUGCUCAUCCAGGAGCACCAUGAGCGCCUCGUGGAGGAGUUGCACAAUCUGCGCAGUUUGUAUGGCUACGAGGUGAACAUCGUCAACAUGGACCAGUUGUCUCGGAUCGAACAAUUCCAGCUCGCUGGCCGGACCACGAUCAUGAUGGGAGUUCAUGGUAACGGAUUGACUGCUCUCCUCUGGAUGCGUCCUACCCCGAAGUCCACCGUUAUGGAAUUCUUCUAUCCCGAAGGCUUCGCACAUGACUACGAAUAUACCACUCGUGCGCUCGGCAUGAUUCAUUAUGGCUUUUGGAACGACAAAUACUUUACGCGUCCAGACGUGCCACCUGUCAAUUAUCCCGAGGGCUUCCAGGGCAACGAGAUCCCCAUCGAUGGCGCCAUGGUGGCGCGGCUGUGCCGCGAACGUUUAACCCUAUCGGAAGAAGCUGAUGACUAG